UUGGUGAGAAGAAAGCGGAGUGUAAAGAAGCAAGCGGAAAUAUCCAGGUCCUGGUGUGCCCUUUUCAGUUAAACGACGGCGUUGCGUCGUUUCCUGACCUGCCUCUUGUUUUGAUUCUCACGUUACAUGCACACUCGACUCCCUUCUCACCCUCUUUUUCUCUCUCUGCAAUUCUGUAUGAUUCUCUCCAUUUAUUCAUGUAUAUGUUUGUAUUUACACAAUAGAUUAUAGAUCUACCCAGUUAUACCCUUAAAUGGCUUCGGUUUCAUCAAGUCCGAGAACUGUCGAGGAGAUCUUCAAAGAUUUCAGUUCUCGUCGCGCUGGAAUCGUUCGCGCUUUAACUUUUGAUGUAGAUGAAUUUUACGGGCUCUGUGAUCCAGAGAAGGAAAAUUUGUGUUUGUAUGGACACUCAAAUGAAACUUGGGAAGUAAAUCUCCCAGCCGAAGAAGUUCCACCUGAGCUGCCAGAGCCAGCACUUGGAAUCAAUUUCGCCAGAGAUGGGAUGAAUCGAAGAGACUGGCUUUCACUAAUUGCUGUGCAUAGUGAUUGUUGGUUGCUCUCUGUGGCUUUUUACCUUGGAGCCAGGCUGAACCGCAAUGAAAGGAAGCGCCUGUACAGCUUGAUCAAUGAGCUGCCAACAGUCUUUGAGGUGGUAACAGAAAGGAAGCCCAUAAAAGACAAGAUCAGUGCAGAUAGUGGGAGCAAAUCUCGUGGCAGCAUAAAGAGAUCUAGCGAUGGCCAGGCAAAGAGCAACCCAAAGCUGGCAGAGGAAAGUUUUGAAGAAGAUGAAGACGAACAUAGCGAAACACUGUGUGGAAGCUGCGGUGGAAAUUACAAUGCAGAUGAGUUCUGGAUUGGGUGUGACAUCUGUGAGCGGUGGUACCAUGGGAAGUGCGUGAAGAUAACUCCUGCAAAAGCUGAGAGCAUCAAGCAAUACAAAUGCCCUUCAUGCAUGAAAAAGGGCAGGCAGUAGUGGUUAUUAUUCGGUGAUGCCUGACAAACUAGUAUAGCAAAUAUUGCUUCUCAACUAUUUGUAGUGGAUAACUUUGUGAUGUCAAUAACAGUUUGUUCUCGAGGGGGAUAAAACAUGUCUUAUUCCGUAUUUUAGGUGCUUGUUUCAAUGUUUUAGCUUCUUCUAUAUAGGAGUCCUUUUCCAUUUAUUCAGAUGUUAUGAUAUAUUUUAUGGCUUCUUCUAUUCCAUGGUUCUUGAUGUAUCAUUAAAAUUAAUGAGAUUGAGUUUGUUGCAUUCA